AUGGUGGAGAGUGGACCGGCCGAAUCCGCGCCAGUUGCCUUGGGACAGUUCACCAGACAGUGCAUCGACGCUGGACCCUCAUGCGCCCUCUUUCGCCCAAACCUCUCCUCCUCCGCGCUGUACGAACAGAUCCAAAGCCCCACCGAAAGAGCCAAGCGCGAGCCAAUCGUCAUGGGCCCGAACGUCACAACGGAUAUCGUUACGUACGAAAAGAUCGCCGAAGCUAGUGACACCGCUCUGCGCAUGGGUCUGGCGUCCGGCUCUUACUUGGCUGGUUAUCUCAACAGUAUCAUGAUCCGCGACACUCCAGAAUACAACCACACCCAGUAUCUGCUCAACCGCUCCUUCAUUGUCCAAGAUGCUGCGUUGAAUGCAGACAACACCCAGCUCAUCCGCUGUUCCGAUGCCAUGUUUCGUGCUGACGAGCUUGCCGACAUCGAAGAACGCGUCCGGCACAUAACGGAGUUGAGUGAUUGGAACAGCGAUUACACUAUCGGCGCUUAUAUCAUGUGCUCGCUAUGGAAGAUCAAGGCGAAAGAACGGUACGAGGGUGACUUUAAGGCGAAGACGAAGAACCCCGUGUUGCUCAUCGGUUCGCCAUAUGACGUCCGCACUCCAAUCUCCGGGGCUUAUGCGGCGAACAAGACGCUCGAAGGAAGUGUUGUGCUUCAGCACGAUGGUCUCGGGGUAAGUUGGAGAGCAGUUUUCGGCUUCAUGGACGGGCUUGGUCUUAUGGACGGGUGUAAUGUAUUCGGGAGAGAACAUCGCUAA